AUCCGAAUCCAACUUUUACUAAAUGCAGAAGGAAAUAUUUUCUACGCAGGAUCCACUAAAUAAUGCAUGUGGGUCGUAGAAAAAAAAGUGUUCUAUUGUAGGGUUCACACUUGGAAGCCUGAUGAGCUGUCCAAGGAUUUCAACCACCCUGUUUAUUAAUUGGUAGGUUUCUCUGCUCAAAACACAGAAUGCAAAUUAAACCAGUCAAGUCUUUCCUUUUGAAUAUUUUUUGAGCCCAUCCCCGAGUGAUUCACUGAUUCCAACUAUAACAUAAUAUAUAUAUCAACACUAUCUGGUUUAUUUUCCUUCACUACUGAGUCCUAAAAUUGGAAAUGGCAAUCCUAGUCGUCAUCUCUAUAUCUGGUUUACUUUUAAGUUUUGCUGGGAAUGCCUUAUAAACUGCUUUUGGGCAAUCCUCUCAACAACUAAGAGAUCUAUUGUUGUCAAUACUAAUUACUCUGCUCCUGAGUGAGGCUUCUCUGUAGUCAGGGAACUCAGAGCAGCAUCUGCCAAUGGCUUCUUCUGCUUUCCUUAAUCCUCUUUUCCUCUCCAUCCUAAUUCUUCUUCUGCCACCCAAUUUGGCCAUAGCCAACAUAACCCUGAGCUCAUCACUGACAGCAGCCUCCAAUGACGACUCCUCAUGGCUUUCACCUUCUGGCGACUUCGCUUUCGGAUUCCACAACCUCAACAGCACAAACCUCUUCUUGCUCGCUGUCUGGUUCAACAAAAUACCAGGAAAAACCAUCGUCUGGCAGGCGAAUGGAGAUAAUCCAGUGCAAAGUGGGUCGACGGUGAAACUCACGGCGACCAGCUUGGUGCUAAAUGAUCCUCAAGGUCAACUGAUUUGGGACGCGAAACCCGGUAGAGAGGUAGCCUAUGCAGCCAUGCUUGACACGGGGAAUUUUGUGCUUGCAGGCAACAACUCUGCUCAUGUUUGGGAGACCUUCAAGAAUCACACAGACACCAUCUUGCCCACCCAGACAAUGGAUUUGGGCAGUAUGUUGUUUUCCAGAAUAUCAGAAACCAACUAUUCAAGGGGAAGAUUCGAGCUCCUUUUCUCGGAUGGUGGAGACCUCCAGCUGAAUCCAAUAGGUUGGCCUGGCAAUUUUGGUUAUGAUUCUUACUAUAGCAGUGGAACUUCUACUGCAAACUCUUCAGACUCUGGAUAUAGACUGGUUUUCAAUGGAUCAGCUGAUAUCUACAUACUGAAAAUGAAUGGGGCAAUUGUGCCACUUUCAUGGGAUGAUAUUAACCCGGAUGAAAACAAUUAUUAUCGCGCAACGUUGGAUUUUAAUGGCGUUUUCACACAGUAUGCUCAUCCGAGAAGUUCGACUAAUGCUGAUAAAACUGGCUGGUGGCCCGUGCGAUUCAUUCCCAAAGACAUUUGUACUGCUAUAACUAACCAAAUAGGAAGUGGUGCCUGUGGGUUUAAUAGCUACUGCACAAGCCUAAACGGCCAGCCCAGUUGUGAAUGCCCACCUGGGUACUUGCUUAUGGAUCCAAACAACGAGUUUGGUGGCUGCAAACCAAGUUCUCCAGUGGGAUGCGGAGCAUAUGAUGGGUCGAAAGACCCAGAAGAGUUAUUUGAAUUCAAGGAAGCUCUGAACACGAAUUGGCCGCUGGGAGAUUAUGAAAGACUGGAACCUUAUAAUCAAACGGAGUGCGAAAAGUCCUGCUUGCACGAUUGUUUGUGCGCUGUUGCCAUUUACGGUGGCACGAUAUGUUGGAAGAAGAAGCUACCACUUGCUAAUGGGAGGUACACAAACACCGAGUCUGGAAAAGCUCUAAUCAAAGUUACGAAAGGAGCUCCAACAGGUUUUCUUAGCAGUGGCUAUGAGAAAAAGGGGAAACCAGAUAUCUUGGGAUGGAUUCUUUUGGGCUGCUCUGCAUUCUUCAACAUCAUUUUACUAGUCCUGAUUUCUAGAGCCCUUUGGUCAAGGCAAAAUGGAAAGUCAAAAAAGUCUUUCCAUGAUUCUUCUGUUUUUGAAAUGAACCUUCGUGUAUUUACUUAUAAAGAGCUUGAAGAAUCAACAAAUGGGUUUAAAGAAGAAUUAGGAAGGGGUUCUUUUAGCACUGUCUAUAAAGGUAGCCUAAAUUUUGGAUCAAAGAACCUUGUGGCUGUCAAAAAGUUGGACAAAUUAGUGGGUGAUCAAGGAGGGGAAAAGGAAUUCAAAGCUGAAGUGAGUGCCAUUGGGAAAACUCACCACAGAAAUCUAGUGCAAUUGAUAGGAUUCUGCAAUGAGGGGCCUCAUCGCAUUCUAGUGUAUGAGUUCAUAGAAAAUGGCACUCUAGCAAAUUUGAUCUUUGGACUCCCGAGACCCAAUUGGCAUCGGAGAACGCAGAUUGCGAUGGAAAUUGCAAGAGGGCUAAUCUACUUACAUGAAGAGUGCAAUGCUCAGAUCAUCCACUGCGACAUAAAGCCUCAAAACAUACUUAUGGAUGCUUGUUUCACAGCAAGGAUUUCAGACUUUGGAUUGGCAAAAUUGUUAAUGUCUGAUCAAACGCAAACUCACACUGGGAUCCGAGGGACACGAGGGUAUGUCGCUCCCGAAUGGUUUAAGAGUAAACCUGGGGUGACAAUUAAGGUGGACGUUUACAGUUAUGGAAUUAUGUUGUUGGAGAUCAUUUGCUGCAGAAAGAGUUUUUCAUUGGAAUUUGGGGAAGAAGCAGCCGUACUCACAGACUGGGCUUACGAUUGCUACAUAGAAGGAAGACUAGACAUGCUGGUGGAGAAUGAGGAGGAGGCAGUGGAUGACAUUGCCAAGCUACAGAGGUGGGUGAUGGUAGCAAUCUGGUGCAUUCAAGAGGAUCCUUUUAAAAGGCCAACAAUGAAGACGGUUAUGCAAAUGCUGGAAGGGCUUGUUGAGGCGCCUGUGCCCCCCUGCCCUUCUUCCUACAGCAAAGCUUACAUUAAUGAGUAUCGAUGAGAUAUAUAAAAUUUUAUAUAUAGAAAUGCACAUAUAAAUGUAUACUUAAUUUCAUUUCUGUACUAGCAUGCAUAUAGAGGUUUUCUAAAAAUUGUGUCUUUGGCCUUUGGGGAAGAGGUAUAUUAUAUUAUUAUUAAUCUGAUCUUGGGCAA